GGUGCCGGGCGGCUCUUCGGCUGGAGCUGGGAAGGGAGCGCUUCCCCGGACUCGGCUCAGCUCUGAGGCUCCGAAGCCGACGCCGCCAGCUCAGCCCCGGGGGCGGGAGCAGGACUGUCCGAGCAGCCUGCACCUGGGUGCUGCCGAGCCCGGAACGCCUUAUGGGACGCCCCCGGGGGCUCUCUCAGCGCCCUGCUGCCGCGUCCCUGUCCUAGGCGCCCGGGCUCCACGGCCCGCCCCGCCCGCAGCCCGCGGCCUGUCUGGAGAAGAGUAUGAGGCCCGGGGCCCCGCGGACGCCGGCCACAGGGCGGCAGGGGCCUAGCUGCGGAGCCCCGCGCCCGAGGGCGGCGGGUAAGGAGUCGCGGGAACCGGCGAGGCGUCGGGGCGCGCAGAGGAGCGCCCCAGCCCUGGCGCCCGCUGGGCCGCGGGACUCGUGUGUGGCCUGAGCGCCGGGGAGGAGGCGGAGGCGCCCCUCCGUCCGGGUUCUGGGGGAAGCGGCGAGGGGCUCCACGGCGGCCCCCGACCCCCGGCCACCAUCCUCACGCUCCUGCUCCCGCGGGGGGGAUGUCGCGGCCCGGGCUCCGAGCGCCGCCCCGGCCCCGGGGCUGAGCUCCGGACCAUGUCCUCUCGCAGCCCCCGGCCCCCGCCCCGCCGCUGCCGCCGCCGCCUGCCGCGCCCCUCCUGCUGCUGCUGCUGCUGUCGCCGCUCGCACCUCAACGAGGACACCGGCCGCUUCGUGCUGCUGGCAGCGCUCAUCGGCCUCUACCUGGUGGCGGGCGCCACAGUCUUCUCUGCGCUCGAGAGCCCGGGCGAGGCGGAGGCGCGGGCGCGCUGGGGCGCCACGCUGCGCAACUUCAGCGCGGCGCACGGCGUGGCCGAGCCGGAGCUGCGCGCCUUCCUCCGGCACUACGAGGCCGCGCUGGCCGCCGGCGUCCGCGCCGACGCGCUGCGCCCGCGCUGGGACUUCCCUGGCGCCUUCUACUUCGUGGGCACCGUGGUGUCAACCAUAGGUUUCGGCAUGACCACCCCCGCGACGGUGGGCGGGAAGGCCUUCCUCAUCGCCUACGGGCUGUUCGGCUGCGCCGGGACCAUCCUGUUCUUCAACCUCUUCCUGGAGCGCAUCAUCUCGCUGCUGGCCUUCAUCAUGCGCGCCUGCCGGGAGCGCCAGCUGCGCCGCAGCGGCCUGCUGCCCGCCUCCUUCCGCCGCGGCUCGGCGCUGUCGGAGGCCGACAGCCUGGCGGGCUGGAAGCCCUCGGUGUACCACGUGCUGCUCAUCCUGGGCCUGUUCGCCGUGCUGCUGUCGUGCUGCGCCUCGGCCAUGUACACCAGCGUGGAGGGCUGGGACUACGUGGACUCGCUCUACUUCUGCUUCGUCACCUUCAGCACCAUCGGCUUCGGGGACCUGGUGAGCAGCCAGCACGCCGCCUACCGGAACCAGGGGCUCUACCGCCUGGGCAACUUCCUCUUCAUCCUGCUCGGCGUGUGCUGCAUCUACUCGCUCUUCAACGUCAUCUCCAUCCUCAUCAAGCAGGUGCUCAACUGGAUGCUGCGCAAGCUGAGCUGCCGCUGCUGCGCGCGCUGCUGCCCGGCGCCCGGCGCGCCCCUGGCCCGGCGCAACGCCAUCACCCCCGGCUCCCGGCUGCGCCGCCGCCUGGCCGCGCUCGGCGCCGACCCCGCGGCCCGCGACAGCGACGCCGAGGGCCGCCGCCUGUCGGGCGAGCUCAUUUCCAUGCGCGACCUCACCGCCUCCAACAAGGUGUCGCUGGCGCUGCUGCAGAAGCAGCUGUCCGAGACGGCCAACGGCUACCCGCGCAGCGUGUGCGUCAACACGCGCCAGAACGGCUUCUCGGGCGGCGUGGGCGCGCUGGGCAUCAUGAACAACCGGCUGGCCGAGACCAGCGCCUCCAGGUGAACCCGAGGCAACAACAGUGUGAUCUUCUACUCACCAAAUCCUGAAAUAAGACCGGGGCAGUCCACGCAAGGCUGCCCAACACCUGCCACCUCCAUAUGGUUCACGCCACUGCUGAACUGCCUCCGUGGCUGAAUGAGAGAUGCGUGUGGGCACUUUGGUUUGGACAAACCACACACCAAAGCAAACAUAUGCGGACAUACGUUGAAUUUGCUCAUGUUCUGCAUGUUGUCUGACACCACGCAACACAGUUCUUCAGGGAGGUGGGGAAACUGCUGUGUCACAUGAAAGGCAAAGGCUUCCCACUGCCCUCCUCAGAGAGAGCAGCAGGCACUGAUUCCUACCAGCAACAAGACGUCCACAAGGGAUUACUUCCUCUGCGACAUCCUAGCACUGCGCCAGAACCUUCACAGACAUCUAAAAAGAGGUAAGCUCUGCAGCAGAACAAUAGGAGAAAGCAGUGGCUCUAUCUAUCAAGGAGAGUGAAGUGAAGCGGGUGUGGAGAGGGGACAUCAGGCAGAAGACCAGUAUUUUAAGUUGGGCUGCAUUUCCAGUUUUAGUCUAAAAAUAUGUGUAUCAUUCUGGACAUUUUCAUCAUCUUCCCCAGCCAUACCCUAACUCCUUAACCCAAACGCACCGGGUCCAGGAAGGUAAUAACAGGGAUUUCUUUUGUAUAUGAAAUUUCUCUUUACUCAUUUGUUCUUCCCCAUAAGCUAAUUAACAUUGUUUAAUUUAUUUCAGAUCAGGGACUGGUUUUUCCUGACUAUUCUGCACAACAUUUUAAUCAACAGAAUAUAACUAACAAGCUUAAAGAGCCACUCAAUACUGAAUCAGCAGCUCAUACCAUAUGCUGUGGGUAAAAACAUACUUCCCAAAAAAAGCUAAAUGCAGAAAGACCAAGGAUAGAAGAUGUAUUUAAUACUCAAGAAGUCUAACAGGAUGUGCUUAGUAUGUGGAACAUUGAGAUUUUAAAGGGAAAAAGUUAUUCUUUAAAUAUAUCUACCCUAGUCACCGGGCUAGCUCAGUUGACAGAGCAUGACACAAAAUCUUAAAUAUAUCUACCUUAAAACAUUUUUCUUAUACCUGUUUUGUUACAAUGUUUAACCCCAAAACAGUAUUUUAAGAAAAAAAAAUCAAAUUAAUUGCAAAAACAAUUGCAUCUUGGCUUCUUAGUGCUAAUUAAAAAAAAAUAAAAAAGCAUGUAUUUUUUUCAGAAACAUGGUUAUGUGGUCAACAAAUUUCAUAGCAACAGUAUGGUUGAGUUUUAAAUCUUGGAUAAUAUAUAUUCGGCUUUACUUUGGUAUUACCCAAAUGUAUGUUUGAGUGGGGAAGAAAAAACAAAUCACAUUACAAUUAAAAUUUUGAGAAAAACCUUUGACAGGUCAGAAAUUAGUUUAUAUCUUGUUUUACAUCCACCAUUUUAACAGGAAGGAGACUCUAAUUGAAGGCCUGGUUGUUUCAUUAGCAUAUUCAUGUAGUAAGCACAGCUUAAGUCUGAAACAUCCUAAGCAGAUCUAUUAUGUUUUUUCAUUUUCAAAAACAUCUUAGAACUAAACACCAAGUCUCUUUUAGAGAAAUGAAAGCAGCUUGAUUUAUCAGAGCUUGGUAGAUUACACGUUUUCUUGAAAUCAACAGUUUCCCCUCCCCGCCCCCCUAUUUCUUGUAGCCCUAACAACUAAAACCAACUAAAAGCUGAUUUCCAUGUUAAACAUGCUAUUGUGCAGCAAUCUUAAAAAGACUCUUCUACAGCUAAGGGAUGAAAUAUUUCACUGGAAUUUAAAAAUUGGUUUUUGAUUUCUGUAAAAGUUUUCCACUUAUAAGUGAUUAAAUGAUUUUGUAAACCAAUAAAGAUUGCCACAUUUAAAAUCUUUCUAAGUUUGCCUUCUUCCUAAGCUUUUGGUAUCUAGAAAAGAAAAACUGAUGGAACUCACAGAACGUGGCUAAAUGAGUAUUUUAAAGGAAUCAUUGAUCUUAAAUUUCAAUUUGUUCUCAUACCAAAUUUUAAGUGUAUAAAACAAAAUUGCAGUAACUAUAAAGCAAACACCUGCAAAACCACUCAGGUCAAAAAACACAAUGCUGUGCCCUUUCAAAGACCCUUAUUUGCCCCUUCCCCAUAAGCACCCCAUGUCCCUAGGCAAAGACAACCACUCUCCUGACUUACAUAAUCACUUUGUGUUUUUUUUAUUACUAUUCAGUGGAAACAGCAGAAGAUAUGAUUUUUUGUAUGCUUGUUACACUUGGCCACAACUGGGAACAGAACUAGUCCAGAAUGUCAGGUCCAGGGCAAAGGACCAAUAGGGACUGUUUGGUAUAACCAAGACGGGUCUCUUAGAGGUGGUCUUGGCCAUCUGAUGGCAAUGAAGUUCUAGAUCCACAGGGUGGCAAACUCUAGAUAGUAGCAUGCAGUCCAACAAGUUGUGCCAGUAUCCCCAGACUCUGGCAUUCCAUGUUUCUGCUCUUGUGGCCUUCACAUGUGCACAAGGCAAGGUUUAAUUGGACCUCUGCCUCAUCUUUCUUCUUUUGCACUUCAACCUACACAUUUACUUCUUCCAUUUGACUCCUAUGGUGCGGAGGUUUCUAGAAAGAUGAUACUAAGGCCGAAAACUUUCUCAUUUUUCAUAGUUGCCACCCCCAUGACUGCAUCCCCAAACUUCAUAGGCUUUGUCUCUGAGACAUGGUCUCACUCUGUUGCCUGGGCUGGAGUGCGGUAGCAUCAUCUUAGCUAACUGCAACCUCAA